UGUGGUGGAAGUCUUGCUUGCAUCUGAACAAGAAGCUCUCUCAGUGGCAUGUUGUGUUCAAAACGCCGACCGUGAAGUCUUGCUUAGUUACAAGAACAGGAAUUUUUCUCAGUCUCAGAAGCUCUAUCACAAGACAUAAUUGAAAAAUGUGUCGGUAACUACCGAAGCUCCUUCAAGAAAAAAAUUGUAUUGAACCAAAUAGCAUGGUUGGUGAUCCGUUCUUCUGCCAACAAUUAAAGAUAGUUAAUAAAGUUUUCAAAGAAAUAAAGAAUUGGAACGUGAAAAAUCGACAUCGAGAACAGUUUAAAAGAGCUGGUAAAUCUAAGUUCAAAUUUUUCUAAAAUUGGAAAUUUAACAAUAAUUAAGCUUCAUAAAGUAGGUUAAUUCAAGUCUCGUAAAAAUCUUUGCAUGAUAAACAUAGCAUGAAACUCUCCAUUUCGUCAGGUACAUUAAACAUUCUAUCGAUUGCGAUUAGAUUUGAUUUAUUUUAAAGAUAUACAUUGUUGAUUACAUUGUUUCAUAAAUAUACAUUGAUUUAGGCUGUCAGCUGGACAUUCUGUGCUCAGAGCUGAUGAACACAGCAAACGCGUUGUAUGGAAGCUAUCUUAUUCGUUAAUUUUUGCUUCUGCGUACAAAUAUUAAGGGAAAAUCCUCUUGACGUCGGAAGUAGAAUUACAUAAAUUUGUCUGUAAUUUCAUUGCUACUAUCUAUGUAGAGAUCGAAUUGUAUUAAUAACAGAUAGGCAUUCUUUUAUCAAUUUGAUCCACACGAAUAAUAUUAAUCUGCAAAGAUAUCCUGAAGCCGACGUACGUUUGAAAAUUUCUACAGGUAUAGGGCAGUCUUUAUAAAUCAUAGGUUUCAAUCAUUCCCACACUGUAUAGUUUCCACAGAGUUGAAAUUAAACUAAGUUCCAGGGACGCAUGUAACAUUUUGGAGCAAUGGACUCUGCCAAGUUACUGUACGUCCUCGUUGGAGUUCUCGUGUUCUCUCUCACGUACGAGAUGUACCAAGAGAAAUUCAAAUUUCUGACUCAUCCAAACCAGCCUACACUCCAAGCUAUUUCAGAAAUUUCUUCUCUGAUAAAGACAAGAGAAAUUUUGGAGAAUUCAGUGGAUUCCGAAAUUUCAGUUGGUGGCAUAAAGACGGCAAGGGAAGAAUUGCAGGCCACGCCAGGUCUGGAGUUUCUGCGGUAUCAUGUCGAGGAGUUCAGAAAUGGGUCUUUAAAUGAUGUUGGACGAGAGGCGUUGUACGCGGAGAGGCGGGCACGACUCGAGCGCGUCUGCCACGAGCAUCGCACCCAGACGUCGUUUGGGGGCGUCGCGGCGGCUCCCAGAGCGCAGCUGCGGUGGCUCAACCGGGAACAGCUCGUAGUCUGCUUCUCGGCGAAGGUUGGCACGACUUCAUGGUGCCAUUAUCUUCUGAAGCACGCCCUUACCAACGCAACGUUAAACCGAAAAAAUAAUCUUGGGCGUCAUAUGCUCGCAAUCAAGCAGUUGGUCCCUCAGCAUGACCUCAAAAGGCAAGAUAACCUAAAUAUGUGAAACAGAUUCACCAAACGUACAGGAUACUAGUAGUACAGGUUCACCAAACGGUAUCUUGGUUCAACCGUAUGCUUAGUCAGUUGAUCAAAGAGUAUAAUAAGUCGCUUGUGCAGCUUGGA